AUGGUUGAAAAGGGCAAAGUAGAGGAGAGACGGGAUGAAUUUGUCGAAAAAAUCGCAAUCAAAAUACCAAAGAAUAAGGAAAAAAAGGUGAAAUCCUACACACCAGAAGAUCUAGCAAAACCAAUACAAAGUAUUAGAGAAAAUAUCUAUUCUGUUAAAAAUGCAGCGGAAGUUUUUCGCUCUCCCCGAUCUACACUAAUUUCUCGUACCAAAGGUUGGAAAAAUAGAAAACAAUCAACAAAAGAAAUCCCUGGUCGUUCUGUAGACUUGAGCCCCGAAGUAGAAGAAAAGUUGGCAUUAUAUUUAAAGACACUAAGUAAAUGGGGUUUCGGUCUUUCCCGGAAAGAGAUACUGUUGUCUGGCUUAUUUAAUCAUAACAAUCCAGAUAACUCUGUAGAUAGAACUGUUGUUAAAGAAUCAAUCUUCAGACCAAAUGAUCUUCAAGAAAAUUUCAUAAAACAAAUUACAAACAAUGCUCAAGAGGAAGCUUUACCAGUUCGUGAUAUUGAAGUUGAAGGGGAAAGAGACUUAGAGUCAAGAAUGGACUCUGAAGACGAUAUGGAACCGGUUCCUUCUAAUAGUAAAAGCCCAAUUCCUUAUACUAGUAAAGGCCCAAUUACCUCUUUUGAAUCUCUGCUAAUAGAACAGAUUGCAACAGAAAAUAAAGACGCAACAUCUGGAAAAACUGAAAUUUUUGGUAACCGUCGUAUAAUUGACCCCUUUUUUUAUCCAGCAUUACUAGAGUUGAUUGAGAAUGACGAUCAGUUCAUAACAAACAAUAUUCCAGAAACGACCCCAUUUUGCACUGACUGUUCGGCAGUAUUUGGAUCAAAAGUUUCCAGGUCAAUGGAUCGAAAGAAGAAGAAGUAUUGA